AUGGGAUUUCCAGUGGGAUACGCUGACAUUUAUCUACCAAAACUGUUGGUUUACCUUCUAACAAUCAUGGGAUUCAUUGGAAAAUCAAUUUGUGCAGUGUUUUCUCUACUGCGCCUCGGCGAUUUCCUGGAGCCCGAAAUGACGUACACGACCCCAACGGAUUCUGAGCCGGAGCCCCGGUCCGUUUCAGCUGUGCUGAUCCGAGAGCUUCUGCCAGUGGUGAAGUUAUCCGACUUGCUCGAAUUGAAUCCACCUGAAAACUGUGCGGUUUGCUUGUACGAGUUUAACGGCGAUGAUGAGAUCCGACGGCUGACGAAUUGCCGACAUAUAUUCCACCGGAGCUGCCUGGACCGUUGGAUGGACCACGAUCGGAAGACGUGUCCACUCUGCCGGACGCAGUUUAUACCGGAGGACAUGCAGGAGGCGUUCAAUGAGAGGCUGUGGGCCGCCGAAGGAAUUUCGGAUUUCCACGUCGAGUAUUCACCGAUUACGACGGGACCGAAUCAUCUCAAUAAUGAAGCAGAACAUGAGAGUGAUUCUAUUGCCAGCCACGACGAGAAAGUUGUCACGGCAAUGGAGCUGCUCCGGCAGACACUACGCCACUCUCCGGCGCUGCAGAUCGAGCAGGAGAAGGGGUGGUGGUGCUGGUUCACGGCGGAGGCGGAGCGAAUCAAUUUUUUUUUUCUUAAUUUGAUUUCUUCGCAAAGAUCUGUAGAGUUGUGUGUGAUUUGUGAUGGUCGAUUUGGUGUGGUUCGCUGGUUGAGUAGUGGGGCAGUGUCUUGUGCAGUCGGGAGGUGA